CUAAGCGCGAAUUGGUAGAGGUACACUCACAUAGUUUGAAAUGCCACUUGAAAUGCAGUCCAUCUUCUGAAACCGGUGCAGUCAACUCCCACUUUGGAAUAUUACUUUCACUUGGCAUCAGCAAGACUUUUUUCACUUAACUGAUAUACCUCAAUCUUCCAUAUUUUCUUGACGUAUUUACAUUGAUUUUGGCAGUCAUGCCACAAAGUCCGAGCAUGGCGAGCAAGAAUUAUGACUAUGACUACGACUCCUAUCAACCCUAUUUUUACUACGACAACGAGGACGAGGAUUUCUACUAUCAACAGCAUGGUCAAACACAGCCCCCGGCACCAAGCGAGGAUAUAUGGAAGAAAUUUGAGUUGCUACCAACACCGCCACUUUCGCCUAGCCGGCGACCUUCUCUCGCGAGUCUCUACCCCUCAACAGCAGACCAGUUGGAGAUGGUUACUGAGCUUCUUGGGGACGACACAAUGGUCAACCAUAGUUUGAUUUGCGAUGAGGACAACGCAAAGUCUAUUAUUAUCCGAGACUGCAUGUGGAGCGGGUUUUCCGCGGCCGCUAAACUUGAAAAAGUAGUUUCUGAACGUCUGGCAUCAUUUCAAGCUGCAAGAAAAGAAGCCGUUGUCACGACUGAAUCUACGGGGAGCGGUUCAAAUCGACUGAAGUCUAACGUUUGCUACUUGCAGGAUAUCAAUACCCCAGCGUCGGAAUGUAUUGACCCUUCAGUUGUGUUUCCCUAUCCACUGACGGAAACCCCCAAACCCAGCAAAACAUCACAGUCGUUGGCAGUGGGCCUACCUCUUGAUACUCCACCCAAUAGUGGAAGUAGCAGCAGUAGCGACAGUGAUUCGGACGAUGAUGACGACGAAGACGACGACGACGACGACGACGAGGAGGAGGACGAGGAGGAAAUCGACGUUGUGACUGUGGAAAAGAGGAAAUCUGUGAAGCGGUCGGAAUCCAAUUCAGAUGCUGCUUGCAGAUCGCAUCACAGUCCGGUAGUUCUAAAACGCUGUCACGUCAAUGUUCACCAACACAAUUACGCAGCACACCCAUCUACCCGAAACGAGCAGCCCGCGGUCAAGAGGAUUAAGUUCGAGAGCAACGGCAGCAGGGUGCUUAAACAAAUCAGCAACAAUCGAAAAUGCACGAGUCCCAGGACGUCUGACUCGGAGGAUAACGACAAGCGCAGGACACAUAACGUGCUUGAGCGACAGCGACGGAAUGAGCUCAAGCGCAGUUUUUUUGCGUUGCGCGACGAGAUCCCAGACGUGGCCAAUAACGAGAAGGCCGCCAAAGUAGUCAUACUCAAAAAAGCGACAGAGUGCAUCGCCAGAAUGCAGACAGAGGAGCAAAAACUACUUUCUGUUAAGGAACAGCUAAGGAGAAAAAUUGAACAGCUCAAUCACAGGCUUGGCUUACUGAAGAGCUCGUAGUAAUGGACAAAGGAUGAGGGGUUCCAUACCCUCUGGACUUCUGCUGCCUGAAAAUGCAGUUGCGCUCAAGACUGUUCCUCGAAAGCUCUGGCCACUCAUGACUUUGAAGCAAUCUGAUCUUUUUUGUAUAGAGUUUCACUGCCUUGUUUAAACAUGGUCUACUGGAAGUCAUCACUUCGUUUAUUUUGUAUUUAAUUUUAUUUUUAGUAUACAAUGGCAAGCAGAUUUGCUACUGCCCUAAAUUAAUAUUGUGUUUUUGUAAGAUUUGUACAUAUUUGCUCAGAUGUAUUUCAGAUGUUGUAUUGAUUCUGAAUCAUAAAUGCAUUUGUUUAUGAAA